AUGGGGAAAGAUACAUUCGAGCUGGCUGGUCAGCAAUGGCCAAAGGUGACUUGGUGGAAAAUGAAGGGAAUGCGUUUCGUCUAUCUCACACUCUGGGCUGCGAUGAUCACCUCCGCUACUAAUGGAUACGAUGGUUCGCUGAUGAAUGGAUUGGAGGCGAUGGCUACAUGGAAUGAAUCUUACAAUUAUCCCCACGGUGCGACUCUUGGUCUUCUUGCCGCGUCUAUGGCCAUCGGCUCGAUGCUUUCUAUUCCUGUCGUACCUUACGUUGCGGAUAUGGCGGGUCGACGUGCUGGUGUGGUGACUGGUUGCAUUAUCAUGUUAUUUGGUGUUGCGAUGGUUUCAAUUGGCUACCACAUCGCCUUGUUUGUGGUCGGUCGCAUUGUUCUCGGAUUUGGGCUUGGCAUUGCGCAGGAAUGCUCUCCUCUACUGGUGACCGAGUUGGUUCACCCCCAGCACCGAGCUGUUUAUAGUUCCAUUUAUAACUCCUUGUGGUAUGUGGGAAGCUUAAUUGGUGCUUGUGUCGCUCUGGGCACAAACCACAUCGUUGGAAGUCAAUGGUCAUGGCGCGUACCCUGUCUUCUCCAGGGUAUUCCCUCCAUAUGUCAGCUAGUAUUUAUCUGGACUGUUCCCGAGUCUCCUCGAUGGCUCAUUUCCAAAGGAAAGCUUGAACAAGCCAAAAAAGUUCUUGCCUACGUGCACGCUCAGGGCGAUGAAGAUGACGCCUUGGUGAACGUGGAGUUUGAUCAGAUCCAACAGACUAUCGCGCUAGAGAAAGAGCUCGAGAACAACAGCUGGUCUGAAUUUUGGUCGACUGCUGGUAAUCGCCACCGCUCGAUCAUUCUCAUUUCAAUCGGCUUCUUCUCUCAAUGGUCUGGCAAUGGAAUCGUGUCUUACUUCUUGCCUACGGUGUUGAAUAUGAUUGGAAUCACAAACAGCAACACCCAGCUCACCAUCAAUCUGAUCCUCAGCGCUGUCAACGUGGUAUCCGCGACUGGAAUCUGCUUCUUCGUGGACUUCUUUGGCCGUCGCAAGCUCUUCCUGACCUCCAGUAUCAGCAUGCUCCUAUGCUUCAUCUCCACAACUAUUGCGCUGGCUCGUUUCCAAGUCUCCGAGGAUGCCGGUGGUAACAACCAGAAUGCAGCCCGCACCGUGAUCGUCUUCAUCUUCCUUUACUACAUCGCAUACAAUAUCGGCUUCAGCGGCAUGCUCGUCUCCUACUCCUCCGAGAUUCUGCCUUACCGUCUCCGCGCCAAGGGUCUGACUCUGAUGUUCUUCUGCGUCGAUCUCAGUCUGUGGUUUAACCAGUAUGUCAACCCGAUCGCCUUGGAUAACAUCCAUUGGAAGUACUAUAUUGUGUACUGUGGUUUCUUGCUGUUUGAAAUCUUUGUUGUGUGGAAAUACUAUAUUGAGACAAAGGAGAUUCCAUUGGAGGAGAUUGUCAAGAAGUUCGAUGGUGAGGGGGCUAUUCUUGGUGGAGCAGCGGCUAGUGAGAAGAUCCAGGCCCUCACUGGACAGGAUACGUCGGGCCAGUAUGGCGAGAAGGCCAUCACUACACAGGUCGAAUAUCGUGUUUAG